UAAGGAGGAGAAGAGUUCAGAGCUGCUGCUGAUCACCGAACCGAACCUCCUGCUGCUGCUGUUCUUCUGUCACAGACAGACAGACAGACAGACAGGUACAGGUCGGAUUAAAUUACGCAUUGCGCCUUUAAGAAGCUGUCAACAGGAUUAGAGUUACGCACGGCUGGCUGAGGUCGCGCGCACCGGAGCGCUUUUUACGCACAGAGGAGCGACAUUUGUCCCUCUGGUUUCUUCCUCUCCGUGGGCCCGGACACAGCUUCCACGCAGCGCGACAUGGCAGAGAUCGGGAAAGGAGUGACAGCCGGGAAACUGGCCCUGAACGUCCAGAAGAGGCUGAGCAGGGCGCAGGAGAAGGUCCUCCAGAAGCUGGGUAAAGCUGAUGAGACUCGGGACGCUGCCUUUGAGGAGCUGGUUGCUAACUUCACCAAGCAGAUGAAUGAAGGCGGCAAACUGCAGAAAGACCUGAAGAGCUACAUGGCAGCGGUCAAAGCCAUGCACGACGCGUCACGGCGGCUGCAGGACUGUCUGGCUGACAUGUACGAACCUGACUGGUUUGGAAAGGAGGAGCUGGACGCACUGGUGGAGGACACGGACACGCUGUGGUUGAGCUACCAUCAGAACCUGACAGACAAAUCUCUGCUGUGCAUGGACACAUACCUGGCUCAGUUCCCGGAAAUCAAGUCCCGUAUAGCCAAGCGAGAGAGGAAGCUGGUGGACUUCGACAGCGCCCGCCACCACUUUGCCUCUUUACAGAAAGGAAAGAAGAAGGAUGAAGCCAAGAUCGCCAAGGCGGAGGAGGACCUGGGUCGGGCUCAGAAGAUCUUCGAGGAGCUGAAUGUGGAGUUACAGGACGAGCUUCCAACUCUGUGGGACAGUCGUGUUGGCGUCUAUGUUAGCACAUUCCAGAGCCUGGCAGGUCAUCAGGAGAGCUUCCACAAAGAAAUGAGCAAACUCAGCCAGAACCUGAACGACAUCAUGACCAAACUGGAGGAACAACGGCAGAUCAAAAAAGAUGCUACUGCAGCAACAGGGAAAGGAGACGGUGCAAAGAGUGAGGAAGCCAACCACAGUGAAUCGACUAGCCCUGCACCAAAGAAGCUCGGACCUCCGCCCAACCGGCCUCCACCCAGACUUACCCCAUCUCCAGACCCCAAACAGCAAAUCGCUGGCAUGUUUGAGGAAGAGGCUUUAGAACCAGAUGCUAACACAAACUCCUCCAGCACGACACAAGAGGUCAGACAGACGCUAAGCUAUCCUAGCUUAGAACAGAUAUAGUUUCCUUUUCACUGU